AGAGAGAGAGAGAGAGAUAGAAGCUGAAUGGCUACCGGCAACGAGAACGACGUCGUUUUGGGUUGCGAUGGAGGACGACGACCCGGAUGUAUAACGAGCCAUGUGGUGGAGGGGAGCAUGGAGAGCUACAGAUUCUACUUGUCUCGUCGUACGGCCAUGGAGAUGCUGAGUGACCGAGGCUGCGACGUCUCUGACUCGGACCUCUCUCUCUCACUCACUGAGUUCCACUCCCAGUUCGGCCCCAACCCGGACCUCCAGCAGCUCCGUAUCUGCGUCUCUCUGCGCUCCAAUCCCUCCAAGAAGAUUGUUGUCAUCUUUUGUGGAACUGAGGAAAUAAGGAAACAGACUAUGUGUGGCAUCUAUGCUGGCCUCCCGAACAAAGAAAAUAUACACCGGCUGAUUCUUGUCCUGCAAAGUAAAAUGAACUCCUAUGCUCGGAAAGAACUGGAGAUGUAUCCAUUUAAAGUUGAGACUUUCCAUAUUUGUGACUUGCUGGUCAAUAUUACAAAGCAUGCUCUGAAGCCAAAGCUCGAGAUACUCACUGCCGAAGAAAAGAACAACCUGCUAAGGAAGUACAAGUUGGAAGACAAGCAGCUCCCUCUAAUGCUGGAAACUGAUGGAAUUGCUCGAUAUUAUGGAUUGGAGAAAGGGAAGGUUGUAAAAGUUACUUACAGUGGUGGAGUUGUUGGUUCCCUCAGAACUUUCCGCUGCGUGGUCUGAUCCUUCUACACGACUUAACAUGCCACCUUAUGAAGUGACGACAUACAAAAUAAAGAAGUCACUUUAGACAUGUUUUGACUGGAUUCACAAACAGGU